AUGACAACAACGAAAGCAGUUGCAGUGGUGACGGGAUCAAAUAAAGGCAUUGGCCUGCAGAUAGUCAAGGGCCUGUGUCAGAGAUUUAAUGGGGACGUGUACUUGACAGCAAGAAACGAGGACCUCGGUUUGAAGGCUGUCCAGAGUCUGAGGGAGGAAGGUCUUAACCCAAAGUUCCACCAGCUCGAUAUCACCGACCCCGCCAGUAUUACCAGGCUGAGGGACCACUUACAGGCACACUAUGGUGGAAUCGAUGUUCUUGUCAACAACGCCGGAAUGGCAUUUAAGAAAGACACGGAAUCGCCAUUUUCGGAACAGGCCCGCGUUACAUGUGGGGUAAAUUUCUUCUCCCAAGUGGACGUGUGUGAUGCUCUGUUUCCUCUCCUCCGCCCGCACGCCAGAGUUGUUAAUAUGUCGAGUAUGGCUGCCCAGUGGUCAAUCGUCAAGUGUAGUUCGGACAUACAGGCCAGGUUUAAGGACAGCACCAUUACUACAGCACAACUGAAAUCUCUAGUACAGGAGUUCAUCAACGCAGCACAAACAGGUGAUCACGUAAAACAAGGAUGGGCUGACAUGGCAUACGGUGUUUCUAAAAUAGGAAUGACUGUGUUGACCUUCAUACAACACCGUGCCCUUAGUCAGGACGGUCGACCGGGUAUUGUUAUCAAUAGUUGUUGUCCCGGAUAUGUCCAAACGGAUCUCACGUCAGGCCAAGGCAAAAAGACCCCCGAGCAAGGUGCAGACACGCCUCUUUAUCUAGCUCUCCUUCCUUCUAACGUGACGUCACCAAAUGGAGAGUUUGUAUCCGAUCGAGAAGUACAGAAAUGGACAUAACUCGCAUUGACAAAAUAUUUAUAAAAUUUUCAUAAAACGAUGAUAUCGUUUCAAACUUAUGAGAGCAGAAGAUUUGGUUUGCUCGAGUGUCAACGGAUAUCGAAAUCCAUUCAU